AUAAACUUUUACAAACAUGAAUAUUCACAAGGUGGAACAACGCAAUGUCCACUGCAAUCUCUACACUGACUGUACUACAGUGCUGUGUGCGUGUGUUUUGUUUCCAUUCCAUGUUAGAUAAUGUAUACACUCCAUUGGACAAACUUGUUAAACAAGUUUUUUUUUUUUUUUUACAUUAUAACACAGAGAAUGAGUGAUGUCAUCACUCACUCACUCCUAACACUUCAGACUGGGAGUAACUCAAGUUUGAACCGUCACUGUUCACGAGGCUUUGCAUACAGAAUGAGUGAUGUCAUCACUCACUCACUCCUAACACUUCAGACUGGGAGUAACUCAAGUUUGAACCGUCACUGUUCACGAGGCUUUGCAUACGUGGUAGGACCACGAAUGGAGUUUGCCAGUGGGUUUGUUUAUGUCCCUCCAUCAACCUAUCAGAGGGAAGUCCAAACGAAACCACAAAUUGCAGUUAAACGUUCAGCUCUCCUUCCUCCCCCAAACAGAAUCCGUCCCCGCAGUCCUCCCCCUCCUCCUCCAGCACCCUCCCCAGAACUACAAAAACAACAACACCACUCUCCAGAACAGAGAAUCACUGAGAAAUGUUUUAAAAAUGCUCUGCUCCCCCCAUUCAUGCGAUCUCAAUCGCCUGCUUGCGUCCAGCCAAUCCCAGGCCCACCUUCCCUUCUCCCUUCCAAUAGCCAGAGGCUUCCCUAUGACCUUCCAAAGAAGGAACCAGACAUUGGGAGUCAUCCAUGGGAUCCAGACUACUCAUACAAUAUCCCAGAAGGCAGUGGGGAAGAGAUGAAGCAUCCAAACACCACCGGCAGCAGUGGAUCUGCACAGAAGUCAGCUCCAGCCUUGCCACCAAGACCUUCCUUUAUGAAGUCCUGUCCAGAAUACCUAGUUCUGUUGCCUGAUUCUGUCUCCUCCUCAAAGUCCUCCUCUUCAUCCUCCAGAUCAAGGGAACCAUUGGUGGGGAAUCCAAAUGUGAUCCUAGUCAGUUUGGGGGAGCUGAUAUCAGAGAAAAACGUGUUCACCAUAGAGGGAGAGCCCACCUGCUGCUCCCAGUGUGGCUCUGUGCUGGACUCCUUAUAUGACAAUGUGGUGAAUGUCUGCUAUUUUUGCCAGUCAUCAUUGGAACCACCUACCUCCUCAUCUGCCAUCUGUCUCGGUUGCCGGGACAGUGUCUUCCUGUUGACCCCUGGUGACAAGGCCCUGGCCCUUACAGACACACUGCUCCUGUUCUGUAUCGACAUCUCAGCGUCCAUGAGUAUCACCUCCCAGGUGUUGGAAGGAAAACAGCCAAUCUACAGGUCACGUCUUCAGUUUGUUCAGGAAGCAGUGUUACAGAGGGUUCGGAAGCUGAGUGAAACACAACCCCACAUGCGAGUAGGACUCAUCACGUUCAACAACCAGGUGACUCUGCAUGGAUUUGACGAGUUCACCUCACGUUUUUUGCGGGGUGCGGAGUUGAUUGACAGUGAAUACCUUAAGGAAGCAGCGUUCAGCUUCCCCAGCCCACAACCCCUCUCCAGGACCAGGGACUGUCUACAGAGAGAGAUUCUAGGAUUGUCUGAGAGUGGUGCCACGGCUUUAGGUCCUGCUUCUCUUGUAGCCAUAGCGAUGGCUUCUCGGCAACCAGGGUCAAAGGUGAUCAUCUGCACAGAUGGAAAGGCCAACACAGACCUGGGGAAUCUGGAGGUGGAGGGCAUUGAUGCUCGACCUUGCCUCUCCUCCACUAUCUUCUACCACGACCUGGGGGAGUAUGCUGCUAGCCAGGGGGUGACGGUAUCAGUGUUGGCUAUCGAGGGGACAGACUGCAGACUUGAUGAGCUGGGGAGACUAGCAGACUGCACAAGCGGAAAGGUGGUGAUAGCAAGUCCACAUGAACUAUACACUGAAUUUGAGGAGAUUAUUGAGAACAGGACGAUAGCGACGCACUGUAGUGUCACUUUGCUGCUCCCCACAACACUGUGUGUGAAAGGAGAGAGGGAGGCUGGGAACAGGGCGACCAGAGAGGUGGGCAAUGUGGCAUCAGACACAGAAAUCACCUUUCAAUUUGGAGCGAGGGAACACGGCUCACAGGGAGAGGUGUCAGCCCCAGUGGCAGGUGGCCGUGUGUCUGUUCAGCUGCAGCUGAGAUACAGACAGAAGGAUGGACACAGUAUGCUCAGAGUGCUGACGGCUGAUAAAGAGGUGACGGAUGACAGCUCAGUGGUCCUCUCCUCUCUAGUUCUAGCCAUCAUUCAGCUCAACUCAUCCCAGGCCAGCGCCGCUCUAGCUGUCAGGGGCCGCUUCCAAGACGCAAAGAGUGAGGGGGAGACACAGAGGGAACUGAUGGAGAGAGCCCUAGAGUAUGAUAGAAGUGCAGAAGACAAACUGAUUUAUUCAAAAUGGCUUAAAACCAUGAACCCUAUACACAACAGCCUACAAAACUACACAAGGAGACAAUCCAUACGUUCUGAUACACUGCAGUCUCUAACAGACAUGGGUGCUGCACUGCUGUACAGCAUGAAGAACAGCAACAUGUCUAUUUCACUGAAGGAAAAGCACCAACACUGAUUGGUGGCUACUGACUAUGCCUGAUAUCCUUGGAAGUUAUUCAAGUCCUACCGACUUCUGGGGAGGCCUAUUUAUACACAAAUCUGACUAAUUAAUGUAUCUAACAAAACAUUCUACAUCUGGAAAUAUAUUAUUUAAAAUAGCAUUAACUGUCGAUAUUGUACUUGUUCAUUCUAUUUGUAAAUCAAAUGUUCUUAUCUAUGCACACUAUCAGAACGUCAUGUCAGAACUGCGAUGGCACAUAGCAAGUGAAAUGGGUUUGUACCUGCAGUGCCUUCAAAAUGUAGUCAUACCCCUUGACUUAUUCCACAAUUUGUUGUGUUACAGGCUGCACUCAACAUGUAUUCAUCUACACACAAUACCCCAUAAUGACAAACUGAAAACAUGUUCUUAGAAAAUGUCUUGAAAUUGAAAUAAAUAAAUAUCUAAUUUACAUAAGUAUUCACACCCCUGAGUCAAUACUUUGUGGAAGCCCCUUUGGCAGCAAUUACAGCUGUGAAUCUGGGUAAGUCUCUUAAGAGCUUUCCAUACCUGGAUUGCGCAACAUUUGCCCACUAUUCUUUACAAAAUUCUUCAAGCUCUGUCAAAUUGGUUGUUGAUAAUUGCUAGACAACCAUUUUCAGGUCUUGUCAUAGAUUUUCAAGUAGAUUUAAGUCAACUGUCACUCGGCCACUCAGGAACAUUCACUUUCUUCUUGGUAAACAAUUCCAGUGUAGAUUUGGUGUUGUGUUUCAGGUUAUUGUCCGGCUGUCCUUGCUCCGUUCAUCUUUCCCUCAAGCCUGACCAGUCUUCCAGUUCCUGCCCCUGAAAAACAUCCCCACAGCAUGAUGCUGCCACCACCAUUCUUGACCGUAGGGAUGGUGGCAGGUUUCCUCCAGGCGUAACAAUUGGCACUUAGGCGAAAGUGUUCAAUCAUGGUUUCAUCAGACCAGAGAAUCUUGUUUCUCAUGGUCAGAGAGACAUUUAGGUGCCUUUUGGCAAACUCUAAGCGGGCUGUCAUCUGCCUUUUACAGAGGAGUGG